AGUACACUUUUGUUUUUGUUUCUAAAUAUUUAAUUGUAAACAUUGGCAAUAUUAACUUACCGUCUGCAUAAUUAGUAUCAUAUUAUUUCACCCGACACACUACAUAUAAUAUAAUGAGUGGACGCGGUCGUCGAAUUGUGACCAUAAACAGUAGUCAACCUAAAAAUAGAACUCUCCAAAAAAAAGAAAAUAACCGAGAAAAUGUGUAUGAGGACAAUGUAGUUUUCAUUACCAACAGCCCCAAACCUCGAGGACGUCCGAGGAGAUCAGCUAUUUUGUCCAGAGUUAAUCAGGCCAGAUGUCCCACUGGGGUUGUGCCCAAGAACACCACAACCAAUAGUAGAGCACUGUCACGCAUCUCUCCUGUGCCUACCUUGCCUGUUUUACAGCUCACAUCGAUCAUCCCUAGGUUUUCUCUGUUAGCUCCAAUUUUUCGGAAUCCUCAACCCAUCAAAUGUCUGGUGUCCGGUGUCAAUGAGGGACAGAGGGUGGUCUGUGUACCUCGGCCAGUCAACAGGGUGGCGAGAAGUCCUCUGGAGAACAAGAACAAAGACAACUGGCCAGAAGACUUGAAGGGCUUGUUGGAAGAAUUUGACGAACUUCCUGAGAUAAGGACGACCAGCAUGAUCAAGUGGUUAUUGACUUUGGGAGACAGAUAUCGGCCAAAAGCGGUCCAGAACAUCCAAGAUAUGUGGAACAGCAUGCCAGAGGUCUGGGAGGACAAAGUGAACAUGGCUCUGGAGAUUAUUGGUAUUGACCCUGUCCAGCAAUCUGCAAAAGCUACUCAGGAGUCUGUCAAUGCUUCCCAGCUAACUGUAAACACUUCCAUGAGAGGUGUAAUCCCUUCUGUAAACACUGCUGAAGUAUCACCAAUGUCUCUUCUUCUCCGUUGUGCCACUGUAAACAUGCACCCAGAGUGUUGUGGGGCUGCUUCAACUUUCACCAAUGAUUCCAAGCUUCAGAGUGCUGGUUUGCUGCAAGUUUGCAAAGCUAAAGUUGUUGUGGAGGCCCAGCCCAGCCUCAUACAAGACUUGAACCAGCUGUCUGCAUUGGCUGGGACUGGCAGCUAUAGUAAUUAAAUAGCUUUAUGCAAUACAUAACAAGACUGUAAAGUGUGAUAGUUGCAAACAUUUGCUCAAUGGUCAGUAUUUUAUUAUAGAUAUAUAAUAUAUUAGUUACUACUUUCAAGUAGAUUUAUGUGGCCUGGUUGCCGUUGAUUUCUAGUUUUGAAGAGUUUUAUGUACAUUAGUCAUAGGUUAAAAGAUGACUAUUACUGUUAUAAAAAAUAUUUUUCUAUAUUUUGGAACUUUGGAUGGUUAAUGAGUCCUCAACUCGUAAAAAUGUGCCUUCAAAAGGUACAUAAACUUAACUCAAACUUGUGAGUGGAAAUUAAAUUUAAACCAUAUGUGACAGUCAAUUUUACAUUAGUUACAAUGAGACCAUGUUAGUUAAAAUAUUUCAGAAUGUUUAAAAAAAAUGACUCAUAUUUUAUUGAUUGUGUUUUGUUCUUGAUAAUGUUAGGUAAUACUGUGCUAGUUGCAUUGAUUGCUUGAUGAUAAUACUCUUAUGUUCCUUUUUUUGUUCCUAUGAUUCACCAUAGUAUU